GUGCUGUCAACCCCAGAGGCUUUAAAAACAACAGGGCUUUACUGCCUGUGUUCAUGUGGGUCAGAGGACAGGGAGUGGACAGAGAUUCAGUCCCAGCCAGCCAGGGAGGGACAAUGAACCCUCUCUCAUUGCUGUGGCUGUACGCGGCCCUGCCAGGUCUGCUGUGGGCCUCGCAUGUCAGUCUCACAGUGGAGGGCGACAAUGACCCCUCCAGGAUCUGCAAACCCGCCCCUGACUGGGCGAUAAAGGGACAUUCACCCAUGCAAGAGCUGCACGGAAACGUGGUUGUGGUGGCGCUACUGAAGGCCAGCUGACAGUUCUGUCUCACUCAGGCCUCCAAAAUUGGAGGCCUGCGUGACAAGCUGAACCGCAGCAACCUGACGGAGGUGUCUUUUAUGAUAGUAAAUGAGCGGGAGGCUCUGUCCAGAGCCAUGUUCUGGGAGCUGGAGAGAAGAGCGCCCCCUGGUGUUCCUGUCUACCAGCAGGAUCCCUUUCAAAAUGACGUGUGGGAGGCUCUGGACGGUGACAAAGAUGACUUCCUGGUCUAUGAUAGGUGUGGUCUGCUCACCUUCCACAUAGUGCUACCUUACAGUUUCCUGCAUUACGUCUACGUAGAGGCUGCAAUCAGAGCCACCUAUGAUAAAAACAUCUGCAAUUGCACUGUUAAUUCUACUUUAUCAAGUGACCAGAAGAACGAGACGAUGCAGUUAAAUGUCAGCCAGACAACUACAACACCCAUAUCGCAACUGGACGCAGAUGAUCAAGACACAGCUCCUGGGGCGACUCAUCAUCACCAUCCUCAUCCUCAUCCUCAUCCUCAUCCUCAUCAUCAUCAUCAGCAGCAGCAGCAGCAGCAGCAGCAGCAGCAGCAGCAGCAGCAGCAGCAGCAGCAGCAGCAGCAGAAGCAGCAGCCUGGCAACCACAGUCAUCCUGCUGGGAUGGAAGUGGAUAAUCAGGAUGCCAGUUAAAUUAAGUGUUUUUGCUGUCUUUUUCUUCUUAGUAUUUUACUUUUGGUGACGUGUUUUUUUUUUACUUUGAUGACAGAACAUACAGGUAAACUGAGCCGUUGAAUCUGUUUCAGCUGUAAUCGGAUUGUGUUUUUCCUCUGCUAGCAUCGCCACACCUCAGUCCUCUGUGUGGAAAACGUAUAGCCAGUGCUUCGCUGUCUUCUCCCACUAAUGAAGUCUAUGAAGUAAAACCUGCCUGCAGGACGCUGUAGAUGGAUGUGUGUGGAGAGAUUCGGAUGUGCUGAUGGUUAUUGCCACCCAGACAGAGUCAGAGGAUGUGGUACGCUGCUAGUGAGCCAACCUCAGUCAGAUUACUGUUCAAACAUUCUCCUUCUGGUUCCAGUUUCUGCUUCUGUAAGUCAUGUCUCGUGCAGGAUCUGGAAGUGAUAUGCUGUGCUGUUUCAUUACUAUUUACAUAUAACAAGAGGUUCAAAUGCGGUCUUUUAUUCAUUUGCAUGCGUACAAGCAUAUGGAAAGUGGUGUAAUCAAUUUAAUUAGUAUACUUAAUCCAAUUAAAUCAUUAGAUAUUAUAAAUCACACCAGCAAACAGUAUUUUUCACUUAUAUUAUAUGCAGUAUUACUGGAUUAACAUACUGUACAUUGCUCCGGUUAAUACAUUUUGCAUAUUUGCUGUGGAUUUAAAAGCGUUGUUACUUGACCUCUGAUUAAUUACCUGAAUGUAGAAUGAACGUUUGGAUUGUUGUUCUCCAUUAAAAAGAAAAUACAUUUAUAAAGUGUUUAGCCUGUACAGUUUGUGUAAUUGAAUAUGGAAAGUUAUUUUGUCCUCUUUCACAAUAAAGAGAAUAACCCUUUUUACAGUAGAGAGAUAUUAAAGCAAUAGAUCCAUGUUUUGGGAAA